CGCGUUUAGUGGACGCAUGGCACAUGUCAGUGCCUGUAACAUCGAGAACCCUUUUGGACACACCUUGGUCUCUUGACACCUCACCACCAUCCAUCUUGAUACGAAGUGGAACGAACUCUUUCACUAAAAGAUGGAGAGCCCUCAUGAGCAUCAGCAGAACUUGCUGCUGUCACGCAUCAUCACCAACGUGGAGAAACUCAACGAGGCUAUUGUCGUGAUGAACAAGGCUUUGCAGGAAAUCAACAUUCAAAACAUGAACAUUGAGCUUGUUGCGCAGAUGUUUAAGAACUACCAGUCUAAUGUGUUAUUUCACCUUGAGGCUACUGAUAACCUGAAAGAGCCUUCUUGAUACUGUUGUGGUUGUCGUGGAUGUCGUGGAUGACCAUCUUGAAAGAUGGCGGAGUCGUACAGAUACCGAACAGACUGACAGAAAGCCAACCAUAAAAAGCAAAGAAGACGUGGUCGACGUUGUCCUCUUUCCAGAAUUGAUACGCUAGCAUCGUACUAUGUGCCUGUGAGGUUAUUUCCCGUACCUUUAUUGCUAGUCGUAACGCUCUUGGUACGAUGAGGUGGUGAUCACUGGUGCAACUUUCCAUCAAUGACAUGACUUUGGGGUAGGCAGUUGCUCCCCCAUAUCCA